AUGAGUGUGAUCUUCGACCCCUCCCCGACGAACAGCAGUAACAGUAGCAAUAACAGGUACCCUCCAGAAAGGAAGUAUUCUGGUUCGAGCCGCACCGGCAGCACUGUCAAAAGGCCAUAUCCCCAGACGGAUUUUACCGAUCCUAACUUAGCCGUUCGAACCCUCAUGGUCUUUCGGUUCCCUCGUGAAGCCCAGGAAGCGGACUUGGCUUGCCGCUUCGGCCGCUUCGGUCCCCUCGAGCACGUCAAGGUUGUCUAUGACCCUGUCACUCACUUGCCACGCUGUUACGGGUUCGUCCGUUUUGUCCAUCGAGCACACGCGUUGGAAGCCUACCAGGCCUGUGAGGAGAGGACAAUUUCUAUGGACGACCCUUUCGGACGGACCUGGUUCUUCGAAGUAAAGUGGGCUCGGAACGCCCGAGCUGCUGGCGAGAUCCCGAGGGGUCCGCCGGAGCCACAAGAGAGCGGUUACAGCGACGGUUUUGCACAGAAAACAGAAAUCUUAUCACCUGACGGGAUCCCCUCGGACUCCUCAGUUUCCAUGGCUACAUCCCGCCCGAUGAUACACGACUCGAUCGCUCCGCCUCUCAUGCCUGACACAUCGGAGGACUUCAGCCCAGCUGGUUUCUCCCCUUCCAUUAUCGAACCUGCUCUUCUGGAACUCGCCAACUAUGAGGAAAGCUCAAGACCAACCAUGUCAUCAGAGGAAGCGCAGGAGCUCCUGAGGCAGCUCGAGAAUGCCCAACAGUCAGACAUGAGCAUCACCGCAGCUAGUGGAUGCGAGUCGGUGUCGCCUUUUGAGCUGCCCUAUGCGGUUCGGGAGCCUCCAGCUGGCAAUCACUUCUUGGACAUCGCAACCCAAGCUGAAGAGACUGCGACCUCUCAGGCGGCGGCCGCGGCGGCAGCUGCUGCAUUGGCCACCAAAACGGAAGAUAUUUCUCAGGAUGACUUAGCGCUUCUCAUGGAGACAGUUUUCAAGACGGUGCGUCGCAGCACACUGGAAAGGCUGCGCAAAGCCAGCGACGCGUCAACUAGUACGAGGUGUGGCAGCAGCCCGACAUCAAUGUUAGGCGAAACAAUUGAUCAUCCCAAUCGGGAUCCCCGAACCGGCUCGGAACAAGCAAUGGACGAACCUGCAGCUGCAUCCUGACCGAUUCCAUAAAGAUCAUUUCUACUACGAGAUAGGCAGGCCGAUCCUCCUAUCAUUUCGCUCAAUGUGUGAUCAAGCCAACAACUACUGCGGCUCCCUAUCGUAGGAGUGGACUUCAUUUCUUUCUGUAACCUAGAAGAUCAGUAGAGUUACUUCGCGUAUCUCAUUGUAAGUCUUCCGAACAGCGACUAUCGAGGCUUCUGAGCCUGUAAACUUGCUAUUAUCGCCUGCCUAACCGACAGAUCUAUUCUGACGAGCCAGAUAUGGCUGGCUUUCAAUUUUUUGUUAUAUGCAUGUGUUGGAGAGGAGUAUUGGUCGCUAUUAGGAAAGUUCUCUCUUGAUCUUGACACAUUAUUGAAUCGCGGAUUUCUAUAGUCCCAUAGGGGUUGUUUCUUCUAGUACUAGUAUAGUCAUCAUUAGUGGCGCGAUAUCUGAGAUAGGAGCCUGCUCAAAAAAGAUAUAUCUAUUACUCUUCCUAUUCAGCCGGUGUCGGGACAGAACAGUAGAUAUAGUCGGCAUCGCUGUUCGUCUCAAGCGUAUCAUGAUCACUAUUUCACGUCUUACGACUUGGUACUUUCAACGAUGAUUAGGGUAGCUUCGUCGAACGGCGUGCAUGCAACGAAGUAG